CACCUGCAGUAUCAUCGCAAGCACCUUCAGGAACAUGUGGACUUCAGCAGCGCUUACCUUUUCGUUGAUGGUGGUAAUGUCCACCGUCGGAGCGGACGACUUGAAAAUCAUUGGUGGCUUUCCGGCGAUACAGGCAAGCACGAGGCAUCAGGUCUCUAUCCGGCGCAAAUCCAACGACCUGGCCUCGUUCGGUAGUGGUCACAUUUGCGGCGGUAGUCUCAUCAACAGCCGGACGAUCCUAACGGCUGCCCACUGUCUGUUGAACGAGGCUGACCAGAAGCGUGCGGCAAGCUAUUUCCGAGUAGUCGGCGGAAGUCUAAACCGAGUAAUUGCGACGGGCAACACGGAGAUCUUCAACGUCAGUAAGGUGAUCGUUCAUGAACGCUACGAUCCGGAAUCGUUUGCCAACGACAUAGGAAUGUUGAUUUUGGACAGAAACAUGGAUGGAUAUCAUCCGACGCUACGGACAAUCGAGUUGAUCGACAGCAGUCCCAGUCAGGGAACCGUUUGCCAGACUAGCGGUUGGGGAACCACACAAGCUGGCAUUCAAAUGGCAACGGUGGAUUUGAUGGCCGUCAAUAUUACCGUACAAUCGCUGGAGUCAUGCAAUGGAACGACCAGCUACAACGGACACAUUCUGAACGGGAUGCUCUGCGUUGGAGAAGACCUAGGUGGGAAGGAUUCCUGUCAGGGAGACUCAGGUGGUCCGUUGGUCUGCGGAGGACUCCUGGCGGGAGUCGUUUCCUUCGGAAGGGAUUGCGGAUUGCAAAACUACCCUGGCAUCUACUCCGAUGUGGCGUACUUUCGGAAGUGGAUUGACAACAACAAAAGCUCUGGGGCAACUGCGGGACUUGCGAUGGCUGGUUUAGUGUCCGCUUGGGUACUGCACGCGGUGCGAGGUAUUCGUGCUUGAUGGAAAAUAAAAAUAAUAACCAAGGGCUUGGAGUUUUGCAACAUUUUGAAUGAACUGGUUGUAUUUCAAGUGAAGAGAAAUCUAGUUCUAGAGCCGAUCAAUUGUUUUACUUAGUUCGAUUUGUCGCCAACACAGAUUUUA